AUGGAGCCUGAAAUAAACUGCUCUGAAUUGUGUGAUGGUUUUUCUGGUCAGGAGCUGGAACGUAGACCCCUUCAUGAUCUCUGCAGAACUACAAUUACCUCUUCCCACCACAGCAGUAAGACCAUUUCUUCAUUAUCUCCUGCCCUCUUGGGUAUUGUUUGGACUUUCCUAAGCUGUGGACUUCUCCUCAUCGCCUUCUUUCUUGGCUUCACAAUUCGCUGCAGGAAGAACAGGAUUGUGAAGAUGUCCAGUCCCAAUCUGAACAUUGUGACCUUAUUGGGCAGUUGUCUGACUUACAGUAGUGCUUACCUCUUUGGGAUUCACAAUCAAGGUGCUUUAGUGGGAAGUUCAAUGGAAACUCUCAUUCAGAUAAGACUCUCCAUGUUGUGCAUUGGAACCUCCCUGGUAUUUGGCCCCAUUCUUGGGAAGAGCUGGCGACUCUACAAGGUGUUUACCCAGAGGGUUCCGGACAAGAGAGUGAUAAUCAAAGACCUGCAGCUUCUGGGGUUGGUGGCAGCCCUGGUGAUAGCUGAUGUGAUCCUGCUCAUGACUUGGGUGCUGACUGAUCCCAUCCAGUGUCUCCAGAUUCUCAGUGUCAGUAUGACGGUGACAGGGAGAGACGUGUCCUGCUCUCUGACCAGCACACACUUCUGUGCUUCCCGGUACUCCGACGUCUGGAUUGCUCUCAUUUUGGGAUGCAAGGGUCUGCUGCUGCUAUAUGGGGCCUACCUGGCUGGCCUGACUGACCACGUCAGCUCUCCUCCUGUAAAUCAGUCUUUAACCAUCAUGGUUGGGGUCAACCUCGUGGUACUGGCUGCUGGGCUGCUUUUUGUGGUCACCAGAUACCUGUACUCCUGGCCCAACCUGGUCUUCGGGCUCACGUCUGGAGGUAUCUUUGUUUGCACAACCACAAUCAACUGCUUCAUCUUCAUUCCCCAGCUGAAGCAAUGGAAGGCAUUUGAAGACGAAAACCAAACAAUCAGACGCAUGGCCAAAUAUUUCAGCACUCCCAGCAAAAGCUUGCACACCCAGUAUGGUGAGGAGCAGAAUUGCCACGUUAGAGGAGAGAAAAACUCCAUGGAGAGACUCCUCACAGAAAAAAAUGCUGUGAUUGAAAGCCUGCAAGAACAAGUAAACAAUGCCAGAGAGAAGCUGGUGAGACUGAUGUCAGCAGGGUGCUCCUCUGACCUCCCAGAGGAGGCUGUGCCACCUGCCUCUUCCCACCACAAGGACAUCCUGGCCACAGCCUCUGCCCAUAGACUGGCACCUCAAGGGCCUUCAGAAUGCCUCUCUGACUCUCAGAAUGAUACCAGUGCGGCCACCCAGGACCCCCAGAGUACCUCAGUGCUGGCCUCAAGUGUAGAAGGCCUCAAGGGGCCUGUGAAGGACACCAGCCCCUCCACAGGGCAGAAGCAGAAAAUUUCUGACCUGAAAGACCUUUCUAAUCCGUUACAUUUGGGCUGCAGCCAGAAGCCAUGGGCUGAGCAAAGCCAGACUGCAGAAAGAAGAGACCAGGUACCCAUGGCCCUCAACCAGUGUCUCAUGCAAAGUGAAGAAGGCUCUGUUCCCCAGAGACAUGGGCAGGUAGAGAACUCAGAAGGGCCCCAAGAGCAACUGUCAAGAGUCAAUUCAGUGAUCAGGGAGAAACUUCAGGAAGUCCUCCAAGAUCUGGGCCUGGGCCCUGGGGCUCCCCUCCUCUCUUCCUUGUCUUGUCCCCAGCAGCCCUGGAAAAGCAAUGCUGCCCACAGCCCCCAGAAGGUGCCCCUCUCCAAGGAGCCAGGCUUCAGCCCCUCCAUGGUGAGGAGAAGGCGGGCGGCACAGCGGGCUUGCUCACACUUUCUAGGCGCUGUACCCUCCUAUGUGGGGCAUCGGGUAAACAGGGUCAUUUCUGGGCAAAAUGUACAGGACAGGGACAGCCCCUGCCUGGACCCCCAAACUGCUGAUCCCAGGGUAGCAAGACCCUCUUCUGGGAAUCCUUUAGUACUCCCUGCUCCUCGAGGCAAGCCAGGCGCCCUAGAGGGCCUCACACAGCGCCAGGCAGAGCCCCAGGGAACCGAACAGAGCCUCACAUCCUUUCCCCAAAAGUCUUCCGGUUCUGGCCGGAAGCUGUGUCCCGCUACCCCACGCCCAUCCAAGGCCUCCCCCGACCUGCCUGGGCAGCGGCAGCCCCCAGCGUCCCCAGGCUGCCCCUCCUUGUCUUCUCCGAGUAGCUACCUUGACACCGAAUCCAGCAGCUCAGACGAGCUCUUCUGCCGCUGCCACCGGCCCUACUGCGAGAUUUGCUUCCAGAGCUCCUCUGACUCCAGUGACAGUGGAUCGUCAGAUACCGACCCUGAGCCUGCAGGGGCGCUGGCUUCCUGGGAAAAGCUGUUGGCCCGCUCGAAGCCUAUCGUGAACUUCAAAGAUGAUUUGAAACCCACACUGGUGUGA